AUCUAUACAUCAGUAGCUAAAUUAAUGAAAAGGUUUAUAUUUUAGAAAAAUAAGUAUUGAAGCUCGUCAAAGACAUCUGGCGGCCUCAAUCAUAAACAUCAAAAGCACGGUUCAAUUACUUCAAAAUUAAGCUGUUCGUAAAUAUUUCAUCCAAUAAACGUUAGCAAAUUUGACAGUUGACAGAUGAGCGUUUCAAUUCUAAUUUCGUUAAGAUUCGGGUAAACGCCGCUUAACGUACUGACGUUUACUAUUUUGAGCAAAACAGAGCAAAACAAAUUUUGUGCAUAUAGAAAACCCGAAUUAUUUUAUUUUUGUGUGUGUGUAGUAAGAAAGUUGUACUUAAUGCCCGAACAAAUUGAUUUUUUGAAUAUUCCCAAAGCAUAAGAACUCUUUUCGAGGAUUAGUUUGAUUGUGAAAUGUUCACAAUGCGUCUUAAACUAGGAUCUGACAGAAACAAAGAAUGGACAUGUUGUUUUUGUAUGCACGUCCGUACAGCUACCAUACUGUUUGGAGUAUGGCACUUGGUGUUGCACAUUUUGGCUCUCACUGUACUUGCAUUGAUGAUGAGAAAUCAUCAUGUCAUUGUACAAAAGAAUGAAGAAUUUCAAAAUGAUUUUUUGCCAACACCUUUGAGCAAAAAAGAUGAUGACAAUCCGUAUUAUUUACCUACAACGCAGGACAGUCGCAAAAUUUAUUCAUCUGAUAUUGAUAUGGGAGCUUUGAUGACUGUUUGUACUCUCUCCAUCACUCUCCUAAUGGUUUAUGGAACAAUUAAGGGCAAACCUACUCAUGUCUUGCCGUUUUUCUGCUUGCAGCUAUUUGAUUUUGCUAUCACAGCCCUUACAGCCACUGGAUACUUUUGCUAUUUAAGAUCCGCUCACCGUUUGGUCGCUGAAAAUUGGAACUUACCACUAAGACAUGAAUUAUUACAACUGAGCCCACAAGUUCUUACUUUAAUUGUCUUGUUGGCGUUCUUGUUUUCUAUGUUGUGGAAAGCUUAUUGGAUUAGCGUAAUUUGGCGCUGUUACAAAUACCUAACGCUUCGACAACAGUCGAACCGCAACGCCAUCCAUUACAUCAUCCCUGAAACCGAUCAGCGCGGACUCGCCGAAGCGGACUAUCCGUCCUUGUUUCGCGAUCAAGAAGGCGUUUUCGGCGGCCUCAAACAAACUCCGCCGCCGUCUUAUCAGGAUAUCAUGGAAGAACAACCGCCGCCGUACCACAGCACUACUCAAGUUGUCCAGGAAACGCCCAACAGGUUCAGAAUUUUUAUACAGAAUUCUAAUGAUAACCCAGAACCUAGUACAUCUGCUGAAGCUUCAAGCAUAACUUCAAUCCCUGAAUCUGAUGCCGAAAUGACUACCCCAUUGGCUGAGCAAGUAACACCAUAUCCACAAACUGAAAAUCAAGAAGUACAACAACAAGAUGAUGAUGAUGAAGAAGAAGAUGUAGUCGCUGUUACUGUGGUCGAACUGAAGAAGAAUGAAGAAAAUGCGGUCGAUGAGGAAAUUGAGAAAUCUCCUGCAAAAUCUAUCGAUUCUCAGAAGACAGACUAAAAUCGUUUACGAUAACAAAAAAAUUAUGAUCUUAUUUGAAAUUGUUCACUUUUUAUCACAUGUCACUUUUGGGACUAUAUAUAUAUAAUAUAUCUCCCAAUUUUUUGCUCCAAUUUUAGCUAGUUAUACUGAUAAAAGAAAUAUAUCUGUUUUGAUUGCAUUAUAUUUACGGAUUGAAUUUAUUUGUCAAAUUUCGGCAUUCCACUUUGCACUAUUAUAAAAUAUUAAGCGUACUAAUAAUUUCGUAUGGUUACUUAACGCGAAAGACUUAUAAGAAUUAGUAGAUAUUUUUUUUUGAAGUUUCUAAAUUCAAAAUACUCCAGAACAAUGCUAUUUUUUUAUUUAACCAUUUUUUUUUUUUUUUUUUUUUUUU